UAAAAAGUGUUACCUCCAACAUCAAGUCUUGCAUUUGCAGUUAAUUGCCAGCAGUGAAUGUUGAAAAUUGAUUCCACCUGACUACGUUUGAAGGAUACAAAUUUGAUUGGUAUUUAACAGAACCGAAAUCGCUGCAUUUAAAAUUCAACGAUGGAUUACGAUAGACGUGUAUAUGUUAACGGUCUCAGCAAGAUGCUCCAAGCUCCAGAUGCAACCAAAGAAUUAUUUUUCGAGAAGAAUUGUGAUAAUGAAAUCGAGUUUCGACCAAAAUUUCGUGUCUAUAAAGAGAGAUGGUUUGUUCUAUUCCUCUUGGUCGUAGUGUGUGUUACCAGCGUGAUGCAUAUUAUGCACUACACUAUCAUUGCCGAUAUAGCUACAAAAUAUUACAGCAUAUCAUACACUGAAGUCAACUGGAGUUUCACCGUCUACUUAUUAGCGUACGUGAUUUUUGGAUUUCCCGCAACGUGGAUAUUAGAAAAAUGGGGCUUGCGUGCAACUGUAUUACUUGGUAUGGGUGCGACAGUCAUUGGAUCUUGGAUAAAGGUAGGCGCGAUAUCUCCGGAAAGCUAUUGGAUCGCACUACUUGGACAAACAGUAAUUGCAAUCGCCCAAGCAUUGAUCAUGCCAAUCCCACCAGAACUGGCGGCCGUUUGGUUUCCGUCACAUCAAGUAAGUACGGCCUGCAGUAUUGGAGUUAUUGGGAUAGAGAUGGGCCUUGCCGCUGGGUUUAUAGUGCCGCCUUUAUUUUUCCAAUGUUCCUCAUCAGGCGAUGAUGAUGUAGGAAAAGUAUUGUACCAAAUCUCCAUGGCGCUGUCAAUUGUAAACACCGUUGUCUUCAUUUUGCUCAUAAUAUUUUUUAAAGGUCGACCCAAAUCGCCGCCUUCAAUAGGACAGCUUAAGUUUGAAAAUUCUGUCCCUUUCCUGGAAUCGGCUAAAACCUUUAUGUACAACCGUUCAAAUAUCUUGUUGGUGAUUGCGUAUGGAAUUGUAGUCGGACUAAUGCUAUCAGUUAGCACUUUGCUGAACCCGCUCAUCUUAAGCUACUAUCCCGAUGCACAAGAAGAUGUCGGUUGGAUUGGGUUAGUUAUGAUACUUGGUGGUAUGCUCGGCACAAUAAUAUGCGGUGUAGCAUUGGACGUUUACGGAAAAUUUAAACAGACCAUACUUGCACUUUCCGGUCUAGGAAUUGCAGCAAUGAUCUGCUUCAUCUUUGCGAUCACAAGAGGAAUAGAAUUUGUUUACUUCAUGUCCGCCAUUUUUGGCUUCUCCACGUUGGGUAUGCAAGUGGGUGGUCUAGAGCUAGGAUGUGAACUGGGAUAUCCAAUUCAUCAAGGAAUAAUCGCGGGUAUACUAAUAACGUCGACUCAAGUGUCUGGAAUCGCAUUUACGUACCUGUACUCGUACCUUUUGGAGACCCACGGAGGUUACUAUGCUAACUUAACUAUGCUAGCACUGUUCGUCAUUGAGUUUCUUUUAUUGUGCUCCAUUAAGUACAAUUUACGGAGGCGAACGGUAGAAAUGGCGCAUAAGGAACGAAUUUGAUUGUAAAUCAUAAAUUGACCAGUAGCUUAGUUUAAUUUUUCUGCGCAAAAAAUAGAAAAUAUCCCUCCAGUGGUCGAGGCAGCUAAGACUGAAAAAGAGAAAAAAGCAAACGCAAAAUACAACGAAGGUAUUGACUUUAAAUUGGCAUUGUACCUGAAAUAGCGCAAACAAAUUAGUUUAGUCAUAAUUUAGGAAUGGUGUGUAUGGCCUUUUUAAUGAAGAGUAGUGAAAAGAAAAGGGAUAAGGAUUGUGGAGCAAAUGAUACGGAUGUUGCAAAUAGGGAAACAUAAAUAAAUUAAGCGGGUUGCAAGAUUUUACAAUUACAGGUAGAUAAUAACUAAGAAUAAAUAAUUGUGUGACAUUA